AUGAUUCGUCUGCGAUACCUGAUCGAGCGACUCGAUGCGGAAGGUCUUCUGGCAUGUAUUAACCUCGUCCUUAUCUCAGAUCAUGGAAUGCAGAAAACAAAUAACACCCAGUAUUUUUCCAAGCUCCUGCCUGAUCCGAAUAUCAUCACGGCGUCUGGAGUAAUCGGACGAAUACACAAGUACAAAUCA